AACAAACAACUGUUUGCUUUAACCCGAUAAUAGCUCUCUACUUCCUAGUUGAAGUAUUCACCUUAACGCAUAGUACAAGCAAAGCAGGACUUAUUUCUAUGUAAGUCUAGUAAAUGCUUACACUAUUUUUAAAGACAAUUUGUGACACGUCUAUAAUGGAUAUCAGAACCGUGAUCCUGUUAGCUGCUGUUGUCAUGAGUUUAGGACAUUUAUCGGCAAGUCAAAAUAUCAAUUGCGCUCGGGGGACUUGGGGUGCAGAUUGCAACAAUGCAUGUUCCGAAAGAUGCUCGUACAUCGGAUGUGACAAAGUUACUGGAUCUUGCUUAGAAUGCGACUCAGGAUAUCAUGGGAAACAUUGUGACAUUCCGUGUCCGGUACAGUGUGCAACAUGUGAUCGUCUAAAUACGAAAUGCACAUCCUGUGACAAAGGUUGGUACGGUAAUACUUGCAAUAUACCGUGUCACAGUAAUUGUUUCUCUUGUUCAAAAGCUACAGGGGUAUGUUCGAGCUGUGAAGAUGGCUGGUAUGGGACCAAUUGUAGCGUACAGUGCUCCGUAGGAUGCAACAGAUAUUAUUGUUCGAGGUUAAGCGGAUACUGUUCAAGUUGUAAAGUAGGCUGGUUUGGGUCAAACUGUGAAAAACAAUGUCCAUCAAACUGUCAUAACGGCUGUCAUAAAACUUCAGGUGUCUGCAAUUACUGCAAUUCUGGGUUUUGGGGCUCUACAUGUUCAAGUGUUUGCCCGAAAAACUGUGAAAGUUGUGAUAAAUCUGACGGAACAUGUUUGUUUUGUCCUAAUGGGUUUUGGGGAAGUAACUGUUUGCAAACGUGCAGUUCUAACGAUUGUAAAAUGUGUGAUAAAGAUACAGGUAGUUGUGAAGUUUGCAGCUCUGGUUUUUGGGGUCCUAAUUGUAACUACAGAUGCAACAACUGCUCAACUGGAAAGUGCGACAUUUCCACCGGCGUUUGCGAGACCUGCCCAGAUGGGUUUGCAGGAGAACAUUGCAAUAUAAAGUGUGAUAUUUCAAACUGUUACAACUGGUAUUGUGACAAAAAACAUGGAUUUGCGUGCUCAAGUUGCAAUAGCGGAUUUUGGGGAACAUUUUGUGAGAAACAAUGCAGUAUGAAUAACACCUGUAGGUACUGCGACAAAAAGACGGGAAAUUGUCAGUCUUGUAAUGCAGGAUUUUGGGGAACAUUGUGCGAGAACAAAUGCAUGGAAAGUAUCGGAUGUAGAUAUUGUGAGAGGAACACCGGAAUAUGUAGUUCAUGUGAAAGUGGAUAUUGGGGAAAUGGUUGUGAGAAAGAAUGUAAUAACAAUUGCCAAAGUACUUGCAAUAGAGUUACAGGAAAAUGUUCGUCUUGCAAAACUCUAUUUUGGGGAUCAUUUUGUGAUAAGAAAUGUACGGAAAAUAGCAGAUGUACUUAUUGCGACGGGAAUACGGGAAUAUGUACUUCAUGCGUUAGUGGAUAUUGGGGAACAGAUUGUGAGAAGAAUUGUAAUAAAAACUGCCGCAAUAGCUGCAAUAAAAAUACAGGAAAAUGUUCGUCAUGCAAGGCUGGAUUUUGGGGAAAAUUUUGUGAGAAUAAAUGCUUGGUAGGAGAAAGGUGUCUUUAUUGCGGAAAGUCCAAUGGAAAAUGUGAAACAUGCGUAAUGGGUUUCUGGGGUAGUUCGUGUGAAACAAAUUGCACCUCAAGUUGCGCAAGAACUUGCGAUAAAGAGACUGGAACAUGUUUAUCAUGUAAACCUGGAUUUAUGGGUUUGAAUUGUGAUACUGCAUGUGGAAAUGAAAACUGUGAAAUUUGCAAACGCUACGGUGACAGUCAUUUAUGUACUAAAUGCCGAGCCGGUUUCUGGGGUCAAAAAUGCAACAUUCGUUGCAAAUCUGAACGAUGCAUUGAAUGUCACAUUGAUGAAGGACACUGUACCCUGUGUGAUGACGGUUUCUGGGGGACAUCCUGCCAUUUCAGAUGCAGCGAAGUGUGUCAAUGCUGCAGUAGCGCUUCUGGUACUUGUUCCCAAGAACAUUUCUGCUUGGGAACAAACAAAUUUUACAACACAGCAGAGGUUCCUGCGCAGACAAACAGCACCUUAGUUACAGUUGGUAUUGCAUUAAUUGGUUGCUCCGUAGUAGUGCUUUUCGUGGCCAUUGGUGUAUCUUGCAUGAUAAGACGUCGAAGCAAACAAAAGGCUGCUGCAGCAACAUCAGAAGGUAAUGGUGUUGGACAACAGAGUGUCUCAUAUACAGUGGAUCGUAAGAAAAAGGCCAAAAUUGAGAUUCCACCGUUUCAUGCUGGAAAAGACAAUCACACAUACGAGAUUCCGGAAACAAACAAUGGGUCUGAAGAAGAUUAUGAAAAUAUCUAUUAGACAGACAUGGUCCAUGAAAACCUAUAGGUUUCUGAUUAGAAACUUUUAGCUUCGAUCCGUUCGUGGAGCAUUUUUUGUGUGAAAAUAAAUAGCAUAAAACUUCUUUAAGAUAGAUUUACAAUCCAAAUACGUCGAUGUAACUAUUAAUGGAUCGCGAAAAUUUUAUUUUAACGGUACUUGGUAAAAUCUAAAAACAGGUAAAGCAGGUGUAUUAUCCAAUAAGUGGUGUUUAUUUGUAUAUAGUAGUAUUCUUUAUUCUAAAUACGAUGUUAAUUUCCAUAAUAGAUUUGUAAUCUGGUGGAUUAUAAGCCGGACCUCUAUUCCUUUUAUGUUUGUAUGGUGUAGGUUCUAGCCCUUCUUUUAUAAAUUAUUUUUGCUUAUUCAUAAUGUUUUUCCGAGCGCUACAUUGGAUUGAUUUUCUUUGCAAGAGUUUUUUUUCAUUCAUUUUGCAAUGUUGAUAGAUUCAAUAUCUAUUCUGAUAUGAGAUCCUGUGAAAAAAUUCAAUUAGUACUCAGUAUCAUAUAGUGCACGAAAAAAAAUCUUGAUACAAAUAGGUUUACCUGUAUACCUUCUCAAGAAAAACGUAGCUUAGUCCAGCGCCGUAAGCUUACAACUCAUACGUGUAAACCACCAGACAACGCCGCUACUUGCAUAGGUUUUGCGAAAUGUGAUAUUUGUCAUAGAACAUGUACACCUGAUUCCCUAUUUCAUUGUUAUGCGUUGAUCAGAUAUUAGUAAAUAAUGGCCACAGUUAUCGCGUUUUGUUAAUAUAUACUGCGAUUAUAUCUAAUACCCCAGUCACACUGACGGCGCUGAUAGCUACAUCUAACCACGGAUAGAUACGUAGUAAUCCGUAUUGAUCCGUAACUGAGCCGUACCUUAAAGUAGUAAUCUGUAUCGAUCCGUAUCAAUCCGUACGGUUCAGGUACGGAUCGAUACGGAUUACUAGUUUUCUAUCCGUGGUUAUAGACGUACCUAUCCGCGCCAUAUAUGUGACUGAGAUAUAAACGACAGUCAUAAUAAGACGCUCUUGAUUGACCGCAACAUUUUACCCGGUUUUCAAAAGAAACUGGUUAUUAUAUUGCCGAAUGUCCGGGAGGGAGGGCGGUUGGACGUUGUCAACUUUUGCUUUCCGCUAAAUAACUUUAGUAAGGAGUGACUGAUUUAAAUGGGUCUUAGAAGAGUAGAUACCAAGGUUGGGAUUGCAUAUGAGGUCACUAAGUAUAAGGUUAAGGUCACUUUUUCAAAAACUAGAAAAUAUGGUUUCUGGUCAAUAACUUUAGUUUCCGUUUAUGUAUCAGAACCAAACUUUACCUAUAGGUAGGUGUUAAAAAGCCCAAUUUUCGGAUGGUAUAUGGUAUCAAUGAGAUCAAGUUUAAGGUCAGGAUAACUUACCAAAUCUUUACACUUAGAGUAUUCCACUGUGGCGCAGUGGUCUAGAGCGUUAGCUAUUUUUUUUUGUUCAAUGGAACGGAAGGGCGUCUGUUCAAAUAAGACUAAGAUCUGAAAACAAUUCAGUUUUUACUUUCUUUGUCAUGCAAAAAGGUAUUUUUAAUGCCAUUUGGUCAAUUUAAAGUCAAGGUCACAGUAAGUUUGUUUUUUUAUUCAAUCAAAAGGAUAGUUUCCACUUUAUAACUUUAGUUUGAACUUACAUAUUGCCAACAAAAUAUGUGUACAGUAAACUUAUCUGAAAAAUUAGCUUUGAAUGAUAUUUGGCGCGUCACAGUUACUAAAAUUGAAUAAUGGUUUCCAUUCAAUAUUUUCAGUUUGGGUACACUUAUUGUCAGUAUACUUGUCGUGUAGAUAGCUUUUAUUAAUCACAAAAGUUUAGGAAUGUGUUUGAGAUCGAUCGGAUCAGGGUCAAUGUCAUUGUAGCUCAAAAUACAAAAAUGGGGUCAAAUUUGAAAUAAGAAUGGAAUGGAAGAGUGUCGGUUGAAAUCUCACUAUGGUUAAAUUUCUUUUUGUGGCGGAAAGGUCAUCUUAAUGCCAUUGGGUAACUAAAUUUAGAAAAAUAAGGUCAUAGUUAUAAUAAAAGAUAUAUUUUAAUAGAAAAUGACUGUUGGCAUGAUGCAAUUGAAAACUUGUUUCUUUGUAGAAUUUCGGCGUUUCUUGUUUAAAUUUUCGUUUGGUAUGGAAAACAUUUAAUAACAUUGUAUCUAACUUACCUUAACAAAAAAAAAAACAGAAAGAAAGAAAAACGAAAUUAGCAGACAUAUAACUUCCGGUUAGACGUUUUGUUUUCGCAUUCAUGAAAACGUCGACCCUGUAUGAUAAUUGUAAAUAUACUAUAUGUAUAUGGUAAAUAAACAUAUUUCCUUCCUGUCUUAUGUAUGAUCGAUCAAUUUUCACAUAUUUUCAUCUUCCUUGAUUGAAUUUUCAUCAAUAUGUAUAUAAACUUUAUUUUGUGAAAAACAAAAUAAAGUUUCAAUAUUUUCAUUGACAUUUUGUUUGACAAUAAUGCUAAGCGAGAUAAAUACAGCGGUUUGUACUUCCCUUCCGUAAUAAGCAUUUCCUUGCUUUCUCUUUAACGACAUGAAAGUAACAUUUAUAUCUUAAUGCAAUGGGUAGAAAAGGAACUUUUAACAACAAAACACUGGAAUAUAGAUCUAGCAAAAGAAAGCUGAAAUGUUUUCACCAUUUUUAAGGGGAGACCCCAAAAAGCCAAAUCCACUGGGAAAUUGAGACCCCUUCCCUCACCCAACCCACAUUCGCAGCAUCUCUGUUUGGUUUGCAGCUAUACUGCUCAUAUCUGGUGUACAGUGCAAAAUCAUCCUUGUACGCCCCUUACAGGAAUAUUCUUAUCAACAUAGUUUUGGUUAUGUCAGUUGAUCUAAAAAAUAUGAGAAAUAAAUAAAUAUGUAAAAUAACUGGUGAAAUUGAUUUAUCUUAUCAUACCGGUAUUUCUUCUUAAAAGCUAGGAAAAGAAACAAAUAGAAGCCAAAGCCAUUUCCUAAAUUAAAGUAAAUUGAACACAAGAAAAAAUGGCAUGAUCUUGAUAAGAUAUAAAAUGUUUACAUUUAAAAAAGGAAGUCAAAGUUUUGAACUUUCUUUUUACUAUAGAAAAUGUAUAUUAUACACUCAUAUCAAUAAUAUCUUAACACAAAAAUCACUGAUUUGCUCCUGUUUACUGCUUUUAUUAGAUUAUUUUCUAACUUUUGAGUUUUAGUUUAUAGUGUGAAUUUGUUUAUUUAGGUGUUAAUAGGUAAUAUUGCGUUGUCAUCUUCUGAUACUAGGCUUCAAAUUUCAGUGCUACUUUACUUUGCAUGUGGUUAAUUUAAUUUAAACACUGAGAUUAACAUCAUGUAAAAUUUAAUUCCUUUGUCCCUAUCAUAAUGUUCGAGAAAAAAUGAGCCUACAAAAAAAUGACAAUAAUGUGAAGACAUUAUCUUAUAAAUAAACGCAAAUAAAGUUUUCCAAAAUCUUA